UGGGAGCGCUGCUCUGAGCGGGACUUCCGGGUUCAGGUUGUUUUGUUUUGCUGGUGAUCAUGGCUGCAGAAGGAGACUUUCUGGCGAGAUACCGAGCUGUGUCAAACAAACUGAAGAAACGUUUUCUCAGGAAGCCCAAUGUCGCGGAGGCGAGUGAGCAGUUUGGUCAGUUGGCGAAAGAGCUGAAGCAGCAGGAGUGUCUUCAGUAUGCUGCCUUCUGUAACCUGGCCAUGGCUCGCUGCGAGCAGACUCUCUUCAACGCUCCCGGAGAGGCUCUGGCGUUGACCGAGGCCGCCCGGCUCUUCCUCUCGUCUGAGAAGGAGAACCGAGCGCUGCAGGUCCCGGGCUUCGACGAGCACCUUCAGGCUGCACUCAACUGCUACAGCUUCGCCACCAAGGUUUACAUCGAGAUGAACCAGCCGGUGAUGGCGGCCAGUCUGUGCUUGGAGCUUGGAAACGCACUCAAGGAGAUGAACAGACCGGGAGAGGCGGUGGUUCACUUUCAGAGGGCUGCAGAGCUGCAGACACAGACGCCAAUCGAAGCUCUGCUGUCCAUGGAGGAAAUGGCCACCUGCAGAAUUUUAACCCGCGACUACGACGGAGCUCUGUCGGUGUUCACGGAGAUGCAGCUGAUGUGCCAGGAGAAAGGACUGCAGCUGCCCGGCACCACCACCCCCGUUGGAGCUUUUUUGGACAUCGUGGCAAAAUGUGAGAUAUCCAGAGUUCUACUGCUGAUGCUGCUCGAGCCGCCGCCUCAGAAGUUGCUACCAGAACACGCUCAGACUUUGGAGAAGUACGCGUGGGAAUCCUUCGACCCUCACAGCCAAGUGUCCUACCUGCCCGAGAACGUCUUCCUGCUGCUGCAGUCGGUGGUGAUGGCGUGUCAGGAGAAGGACACAGAAUCCCUCAAGUCUCUGCAGACUGAACUGUGGCCGUUCCUGUCAGCUGAGCAGAAUCACCUCCUCCACCUGGCGGUUCAGGAGCGGAUCACGCCGUCUGGUCAAGGCAUUUAGUCACCGUCCAGCGUCUGCGCUCUUCCUCUGGGAACGAUACCUUUUUAUAUCAUGGAACAUUCCUGCUUCAGCGUCUGCAGGCCCGGAGAGGGUUUGCUUUCAACGUUUAGAUGUUGCAACUCACUCAGAAAUGCACGUAAUGCAGAAUAGUG